AUAAGAAACUACCUCAGAGUGAGAGAACCAGAGAAAGUGCUUCUGUCAGAGCUUUAUCAGACACCCAGAUACAGCUUCCACUACAGACUGCAGCAGAGACAUCUGGCUUCCUAAAAACAAAGGCACCUACUAAAGAGAAAGAGAAAGUUUUUGUUUUUACAAAUUACUUCUCAAAGAUCAGCAGCACUCGACAGAAGCCAAUAUGUGCAAAGGAUUAGCCGCCCUGCCCCACACCUGCCUGGAGAGAGCCAAGGAGAUUAAGACCAAACUUGGGACUCUCCUCCAGAAGCCAGAAAAUGCCAUAGACUUAAUUAUCCCAUACCCCGAGAAGCAUGAGAAGACAAUCAAGGCACCCAAACCAUCAUCAGAUGAAGCCCUGCAAUGGCGAGAUUCUCUGGAGAAGUUGCUGCAGAACAGCUAUGGACUUUCUGCCUUUCAGAGCUUCCUGAAGAUGGAAUUCAGUGAGGAAAACGUUGAGUUCUGGAUGGCGUGUGAGGAUUAUAGAAAGGUCAAGUCUCCAGCCAAGCUGGCAGCAAAGGCGAAGAAAAUCUAUGAGGAAUUCAUUCAAGCCGAGGCUCCCAGAGAGGUCAACAUCGACCACUUCACCAAAGACGUGACAAUGAAGAACCUGGUGGAGCCAUCACCCUCCAGUUUUGAUCUGGCCCAAAAGAAAAUCUUUGCUCUAAUGGAGAAAGACUCGCUGCCCAGAUUUAUGCGCUCAGAGAUCUAUCAGGGGCUAGUGAAAUAGUGGCAUAAUGGAGCUGUGUAGUGCAUCCCCAGCUCUCCAGGAUUUUCAGAUACUGGUUUGCUGACCUGUUGCUUCUGCAGCUGCUUUUUCUAAUGGGCACUUAUGUAGACACUGUUGUUGCCAAGCUGUCCCUUAUUAUGUACAUUAUAGGAAACCUGCACAAUGUCUGCUAGCAUCAAAAAAUAAAGUGGUUUUAGGAUUCAUUGCAAAAUAUGCUGCCUGUGAAAAGUAUUGCUAGAUAUUCAACCCAAGAUGUAUACAGAGAUUACUGCACACUGGUUUCUAAUUAAGCAAGAUCUCUGAUCUAUCACUUGUUAAGAGGGGUACACACGGAGAGAUCCGUGCUUAAAUUCUAAGCUAUCUGACUAGAUUGCUUAGAAAUUAAGCACGGAUUUCUCCGUGUGUAUGCCCAUAGUGAUAGCGAUGCGCGGCCCCGCGCGUCGCUAUCGCUGACUUUAGAUUUGAGUGAAACAAGCGCCUUCCCCCACCCCCCCUCCCACCCGCUCAGCACACAUCGCGCUGUGUGCUGAGCGGGGGGAGAGAUGUGUGCUGAGAGGACUGUGCUAGAUCGCUCAGCACACAUCUGCCCUGUGUGUGUAUGGGGCUUUACCCUUCUUCCUAUGUAUUUUAAUGGAGUGCUUUGCAGAACAGAUAACAGAUCAUUAAUAAAAAAAAAGGCGUAUUGCAUUGCAUCCAUGGGAAGGGGACGUUACAGUUCAAUACUCUGACUCAGAUUGUAAAAAGGUUUUCACAAAGUAACUAGUAGACAAGACGGAAAGUCAUCACCUUGCCAUGAAGGCAGUGACAGCAUUGAUCGGCGGUAAAACAUCUGAAUGGGCUGCUGAAGGGGAGAGGUAUAAAGCCUGUGAGAGAGAUAAAGUGGAGAAGUUGACCAAAGCAAACAAUCAGCGUGUUACUGUCAUUUUAAAGACGGGGCAGAUGUAUUAAGCCUGGAGAAGUGAUAAAGUGGAAGGUGAUAACACACCAGCCAAUCAGAUCCUAACUGUCAUUUUUCAAACUCAGGGGCAGAUGUAUAAACCUGGUGAAGUGAUAAAGCAGUGAUAAGUGCAAGGUGAUAAUGCACCAGCCAGUCAGAUCCUAACUGUCAUUUUUCAAACCCAGCCGGUAACUAGUGUUACAUAACUGGUGCAUUAUCUCCUUCCACUUUAUCACUUCUCCAGGCUUAAUACAUGUGCCCCACCAUGCUAGAUUACUGACAGUUAGAAACUUAUUGGUUACUUUGCAGACCUUCUCUACAUUCUCUCUCUCCAAGGCUUGAUAUAUCUCCCCCCUGUGUAGAAGAGGAUAUAGUGGGCAGCUAGAUACCCUUCUAAUUGGUGUGUUAAGAAAGACUACUGACCAUGAAGAGCAAUUAAUGUUUGGUGAAAAUGUAAAUGCAUAUUAGUGCUUCCCUACACUAUCAUAUUGAUCUAAUUCUACAGUAGUUUAGUUACUUACUAUCCACAUGCACAUCCGCUAUAUCACUGGAUCAUUUUAUGUAUAAGUCCUAGUGGCCUGCACUGAUGGUCACAGUAAGUUAUUUUCUGAAAGCAAUACUUGCCUAACUCGGGCCUGAAUGGUGGCCAGUGAUAAGUGCUGUAUAUGUAGAGGCGUCUUGCUCUAAGGUACCGGGAAUGGGGUGAAAAGCUUACAGAAAGGUUUGAUGGAUAAUGAAUAGUGCCAAAAGUACAGGGUGUCCUAAAUAAUUUCACAUGGAGAAGACAGAUUGUAUUUAAUGGUGUUUGGGCAUGCGGAUAAAGGGGCCUUAUGUGGAAAGGUGACAUUGAAAAAUACUGAAGAUUCCAUAAAUGGAAGUGAAGAACAUGGGGUUACAGAGAAAGCUAUUGCAGACGGGUCAGUAUUACAUUUGACAACCGGGACUGUAACACCUCACGGUGAGAUACUGCAAGAAAUAACACCACAUUUAGAUGUACAGAAAAUAGAGUAUCAUAUUUCCCAAAAGAUUUAUUCAUAAAAGGUAUCUGUUACUGGUACCAGGAGCCUAUUUUCUCUCUAUAGUCCGUAUUAAAUCUCAUGUGACAAUAUAGUGUCUUGGCCUAGUGACCAGUGUGAGCAGUUAGCAUCCUCCUAUUUAAAAGUGAGAAAUGAGCUAUCAUAGUAAUGUAAGGUCUCAGUAAGGUUCUUGCAUAACUAAGUUAAUUGCAAAAACCUGAGACAAUCAGAGCAUUUCACUGAAAGCACCCACCGACUUGCUGUAAAGAACAUCAUGAUUGGUCAGUGUCACAAACUAUAUACAGUACAUCAUUUAAUCUCCAUAAUGAAGGAACACAAACGUAUGUCCUGUCAUGUGUUGGUUUACAACCUGUACAAUUUAAAUACAAGUGGGAUCCUUUCUGUAAGGCAGGCAAAAGGACUUAGUCAUAUUUAUGCAUGUAAUCUAGGACAGCAUUUCAUAGAAACUAUUAAACACGGUUCAGGUUGUAAUCGGCUGGGGGGGAAAAAAAGACUAAUACCUGAAACAUCUGUAGAUGUUUUAUUUGAUAUAUCUGUAGAUGUUUUAUUUGAUAUAAUUGGUUUUCUGAGAGGUUUGUCAUUUUCUGGGCUAUAGCUUUAGUUUUUUUAAGAAAAUACUUAAACUAAUUGCAUACUUUAGCAAUCUGAACACAUGUCUUGCAUGAAAAUGUUAACUGUCACCUACAAACUAUGGGAACAACCAUUUUGUGUUUUGAAGCCAUAUUUGUGAGAAAUCACAUUUUAGUAAUUUCACUAGAUCCCAGUGAUCAUUAAGCCAUAUUCACCAUGAGUAUUGGUCAAGUCCACAAAAUGGCUACCUCCUUGUGUAAAAGUUGACAGUCAUAUGUUUGUCUUCUAUUGUAAAUGUAAUUUUAAACAAAAAAGCCUACACAUUUUAGCCAUUAUGAUGAAUUGGAAUACAAUUACAUGCUAUAACUGUUAUACUUUAAUGUGUAGAAUCAUAAAAAAAAUAAAAAAAAAUAAUUAUUCACCUCAGAUUAUGUAAUCUGCAUCUACUGUAAGAAGUUCACAGUGCAAUGAAUCCAAAAGUGAUGACGGUUACUCAUCAACUACAGUAUGUAACAUUUAAUACAGGACAUCUUGGCAAUAACAGAAGAUAGUGCUGUCAUGUUAAUGCUUUUGCUUGAAAUCAUUAUUGGGACAUCUGCACAGCUCAGUAACCUAUGAAUUGAGUCAGUGUGUCUUUGUAUCCUGAUUAUGUUUUUGCCACAUAUUGUAUGCUAUAUUCUUGAUUUGCAGGAGAACUGCCAUUUCAGUGUUCUGUGCAAUGAGUACCCUAAUAUUUAGAAAUUUGUGUUCAGCAGACUUUUCUGUACAGCAGAUGAAUAAUCCUUACAAAUGCAUCAGCCAAUAUUUAGCCUAAAUCUUGCCAGCACGUGUAUAGGAACCAAUAAUACCCCUUUUACACAUACAUCCCGGGAGAUUUCCGGGGUUUAUUAAGCCGGCAAAUUCCCGGGUCUAUGCCUGAUCAGUAUUUGAAAGCAACAGUAGUGACAAGAACAUGCAUUUGGAAUAGUGCUCAUGUAAGAAAAACAUUCAGAAUGGGAACUGCAAAUAGACACGAUAAAUCUCAAGCCAGCCAGCAUGAGAUUGUAAAGUGUCUCCUACAAACACUGAAGGAAGCCAUUUUGUGAACUGAACCAAUGUUUAUGAAAUUAUGUCUAUUAGUGCACUGGAAAUUAAUGACAUCACUAAUGUCUGAGAGACUUAUUUAACAAGCCUUAAAUGGCUUUUUCCACACAAGUAAGGCAAUUUUAAGUAUUUUUUUCUAUAUAGCAACAGCGGAAUGCAGGAGAUAUCAGAGAUAGCUGCUGCAUUCAGUAAAUUAACCAUGAAGAUGGCAGUCUUCCCUCAUGGGGACUGCAAUCUUCUGUUAUUUAUCAAGCUCCAAAAAUUGUACCAGAUAUCUAAAACCAUAUGCGGAUGGUGUCAGCAGGCCAAUUCUAUAGGUGAAGCACCAGCAGAGAGGGAUAUUCUUGUCCCUCCCCCUCAGGAUGGAUCCUGCUGCUCACAUUAACCUAAGAUAUGUGUUUGUGUGCAUGCAAGGCCUAGUGGGACAGCUUCUCAUUGAAUGCCAUCUCCCGUCGUGACUUUCAUGGUAAAUAGGUUGGAAAGUUCAUCUCUUCUUGUUUUGAAUGCAAAAAUAGCUGGAAUUUACAUAAUGACCCUUUAAGCAAUUAUACACAACAAGCAGCCUACUGAUGUUACUAACUCAUAUGGAAUUAACUAAAUAAUUCAUAGGUAUAAUAUUGGGCCAGUGCACAAAAUGUUAAUUAGCUUAUUAAGGGACAUUUGGUAAAACCUAUGCAAAAGUGCAGCAGAGGACCUUAUUUUUCAAGUACAGAUUCCAAUAGAAAAGCAAACAUCGGAUGGCCAUUAUUUACCUCAGUUACCUCUGCACCAAUUUUCAUAAGUGUUCACCAUUUCUGUUCAAUCAAGUGUGCUGAGAAUGACAUGUCAGCAGUAUCUGUAGAGGUUUUACACCUGUCAGAACGUGGGAUACUCAUACAGUAUGUGUAAUAUUCUGUUUCAUUAAAGAGGACUCUAAAACUUA